CUCGCCCACGAAGGCUGCUUCCGCUCCUGACGUUUCUAGCCCGCCUCUCUAUGGCCGGCGAACGUGCUGCCCUUCUAGAGAGAGCCGGGGCGCUCCUCCGCCUCUAGAGACCCUCUGGCUCUUCCUCCUCCGCGUUAGGCCGCCGCUCUGCCCUUGGCCCUCCCUCCGGGUGUCUAUGGUCCAAUUAAAGGGGCCGCUCGGCUGGCAGGGCUGCGGGAUCCCGAGAUGCUGCUGACGGUGAAGGCGCUUCAGGGCCGGGAGUGCAGCCUGCAGGUUUCCCCAGAUGAGCGCAUCUCCUCUCUCAAGCGCCUGGUCUCAGAGAAACUGAAUGUUCCCAUUUCCCAGCAGCGCCUGCUUUUCAAAGGCAAAGCCCUGGCAGACGAGCACCGUCUCUCCGAUUACUCCAUCGGGCCAGAGUCCAAGCUGAACCUGGUGAUCAAGCCGCCGGAGAAGGCGUCCCCCGAGGAAGCGGGCCGCAGAGGGGCGUCCCCCCAGACGCCGGCUGUUUGGCACGCGCUGGCUCAAAUCCUGGGCAGGCAUUACAGCACGGCCGACACGGAGAAGGUGCUGGAGCAGCUGCAGAAGGAUUACGAGCGGAGCCUACGACUGCUGAGCUUGGACGACAUCGAGCGUUUGGCCACCCGCCUGCUUCACCCCGAGGUGGCCGAGGCCGUGGAAAUGGGCUUUCUGGAUUAGCUGCCGGACUUGGGGGUUGAGCCCCGUCAGCCCCUUUGGACACAGAGUCCCCCGGGCAGGGCCCAAGCGGAGGGCUGAAUGGGAGCGAUCCCUCUGGACUUGCUAUUCAAGGGGGGGAGGGGCUUAGGGCAUUUGUAACCCCUCUCCUAUCCAUUAAAGGUGGCGACGGGC